GUUUAGUUGGUAUAUUGCGUUCGUUCGUUCGGGUUGUGUCGUGUUGCUUUGCGUCGAUACCUAUUGCUUCGUUUCUAGAAGGUUGAUGGACGGUUAUGACCGGGUCUAUAUAGCUGGAUAUGAGGAGGAACUCUGUCGUACUUUAUGUUGUCCUGUUUUCUGUUUUCUUUUCCAGGCGUUGUAUGAGAUAUGCAUUUGUAUACCCAUGGUGAGCGAUGAGAUGUUGACGGUUGCAGCCUGGAUGGCAUUCCUCACGGCCCCCGUCGCAAGUCUCUCCAGCUCAACGAAAUCCAUUCUUUUCAUUGCUUUCUUCACAUACAGUUCAUCUACUAGCUCCCAUUCAUGCCACUAUACUACCUCCAACCCCAGACCUACCUACCAUUCUCAGGACCCACCCACCUCCAAGACAGCACAUCCAAACAACCCUCCCCUAAUCCACCAUAAACACGAUAGGCCGUCAACACUGGCAGCCAAACCCACUGCCCUACUCAUUUACCAGGAUGACAUCAUCCAAGCAAGAUCUUAACGGUAAUCCUAAUCAUCUGGCGAUAUAACCUUCCAAAACCAACUCCGGGGAACAUGA